AUGAAGCAGAUCAAAAACGCAGGUUCAAACAAGCUCAGGUUAAUAAUGCUAUCUAUUCUGUUGGGUUUAUUAUCACUAUCAGGGACCCAUGCGGCUCCUAUUUCAAAGGAUAACGGCACAGUCUGUUAUGCCCUCAACAACAGUACCACAGACGAAUCCAUCUUUUCCCUUUUGAACGGUCAAGGUCCCCACUACGAUUACCCACAAUCGUUUGGGAUCCCAGUAGAAGUCCCAGACCAGUGCACAGUUGAACAUGUCCAAAUGUUGGCAAGACAUGGAGAGAGAUAUCCAACUGCAUCAAAGGGUAAACUUAUGAUUGCACUAUGGGAUAAAUUGAAGGAGUUCCAGGGUCAAUAUAACGAUCCUUUGGAAGUUUUCAAUGAUUAUGAGUUUUUUGUGUCAAACACAAAGUACUUCGACCAAUUGACUAAUUCUACCGAUGUAGACCCUUCCAAUCCUUACGCAGGUGCAAAGACCGCUCAACAUUUGGGGAAAUACAUUGCUUACAACUACGGGGAUCUGUUUAGUGACUCCAACCCAGUCUUUACCUCCAGCUCAGGGAGAGUCCAUCAAACUGCCAAAUACGUAGUUUCAUCUUUGGAAGAAGAACUUGACAUUCAACUUGAUCUUCAAAUUAUUCAAGAAAAUGAGACCUCAGGUGCAAACUCCCUUACCCCUGCAGAUUCGUGUAUGACAUACAAUGGUGACCUUGGUGACGAGUACUUCGAAAAUGCCACACUACCAUAUUUAACUGAUAUCAAAAACAGAUGGAUGAAAAAGAACUCUAACUUGAAUCUAACUUUGGAGCAUGAUGACAUCGAACUGUUGGUGGACUGGUGUGCCUUUGAAACCAAUGUUAAAGGUAGUUCAGCCGUUUGCGAUCUCUUUGAGCGCAAUGACUUGGUUGCUUAUUCCUAUUACGCAAAUGUGAAUAACUUCUACAGGAGAGGGGCUGGUAAUCCUAUGUCGAAUCCAAUUGGUUCAGUGUUGGUCAACGCCUCUUACAAUCUUUUGACACAAGCUGAUGAAUUGGACAACAAGGUCUGGCUUUCAUUCUCUCAUGACACCGAUAUCCAACAAUUCAUUUCAGCGCUUGGUUUGAUCGACAACGGCGUCACUGAGUAUUCUCUCGAUCAAGUUGAUUUCCAAAACAUCCAGCAACUAAGUUGGGUGACGCCUAUGGGAGGUCGUAUCUUCACUGAAAAAUUGAAGUGUGGAAAUGCCUCUUAUGUUCGUUAUAUUAUCAACGAUGUGAUUAUUCCAGUUCCAGGUUGCACCUCAGGUCCAGGGUUUUCCUGUCCUAUCGAGGACUUUGACGAUUACAUCACAAACAGAUUGAAUGGCAUUGACUAUGUUUCCAGUUGCGAAGUUCAACAGGUGUCUAACACCACCGAACUUACUUUCUACUGGGACUACAAUGAAGUGGAGUACAACGGUCCCGUUAGUAACAAGUAA